AUGGGGCAGGGCCUUCCGUUGCGCAACGCUGUUUUUGACGGGGCCAUCAGCAUUUCAGCAGUGCAGUGGCUGUGCAAUGCCGACAAGUCUUCACACAAUCCGCGCCUGCGCCUCAAGGCGUUCUUCCAGUCGCUGUACCGCUCACUUGCCAGAGGCGGCAGGGCAGCGCUGCAGAUCUACCCCAACGGGGCGCCGCAGCUGGAGAUGAUUUCCAAAGCCGCCAUGCAGGCCGGGUUCUCAGGGGGGCUCGUUGUGGACUACCCUCACAGCACGCGAGCCAAGAAAUACUUUCUUUGUCUCGUAGCUGGCCCUGCUGGUAGCCGCCCCAUGCCCAAGGCUAAAGGGGGCGAUGGGGAGAGUGAGGAGAGCGAGGAUGAGGACGGAAGCGAUGAGAGUGAUGGGGAAGGGAGGACUGUGGGUUAUGAGCAGCGGCAGAGGCAACGACCUGGGAAGAAGCAGAAGCUGAAUGGGAAAGGGGCUAAGGGAAGGAAUUGGGUGUUGAAGAAAAAGGAGCACCGGCGGCAGCGAGGAGACAUGGAUGUUCCCAGAGACACUAGCCAGUUGACUUUUGAGUCGACUCAAAAGUCAACCGGGCUCGCGUGCGUGUUCGACGCGCAUUCGCUUCGCUGGCGGCACUUGAAGGUCGCCCUGGGAGGCCCUGCCAGCCACGUGGCCGACUCGGACGCCGCCACCCGCCGCAUCCGCCGGUGGAUCGAGCCGUGCUUCCCGUCGCGCGCGCGACUGCGGUCCGCGGACGAGCUGCUGUGCGGCCCUGCGACGGACGAGCUGCUGUGCGGCCCUGCGACGGACGAGCUGCUGUGCGGCCCUGCGACGGACGAGCUGCUGUGCGGCCCUGCGACGGACGAGCUGCUGUGCGGCGGACUCGGAGAAAGAGAGGGGCAGCGGCGGCGUGCGGCGGGUCCGUUUCUGCGCGACGAGCUACCAGGCGCGGAGCAGCUGGCGGACGCGCUGCUGGAGACUCUUGAGUCGACUCAAAAGGUUACUCAAAAGGUUACUCAGAAGGUUACUCAAAAGGUUACUACUCAAAAGUCACCUCGAGAGGGGCGGCAACGUGCGGGUCCGUUUCUGCACGACGAGCUACUGGGCGCGGAGCAGCUGGCGGACGCGCUGCGGGGCACCAUACCGCAUGACACAUGCUUCCCGUCUCCUCCAUACCCCGACUGCCAUGAUGUACGACAACAGUACGACUCGUUCCCCUUCCCGGUCCGAGAGGAGGACAUGGAGGUCAGAGCCCUCUGGGACACCCCGCCUGCGCUCGAUACGUGUUUAGAGCCGCUACUGUCGCAGGACCCGACGCGCGUGACGGCCCUUCGCAUGCUCGCGUGCAGAGAGUGCGAGUGGGACCUUUGGACGCUGCUGGAAGUGGGACGUUCGGAAGAGGUCUUUCCCCUCUUCUCCCGUCUCGCCCACCUCUCCCUCCCUCUCGCCGACCUCCCACCUAACCUCCUUCCCCACCUCUCCUCCCUCCGCUCCCUCCGUCUCUCCCUCUCCGCACCCCAGCACCCACUCCUCCUCUUCGGUCGGCCCUUCCACUCUCUCCCCCUCCUCUCCCUCCUCCACCUCUCUCUCGUCUCUCCCACCUCAGACCUUUCCAAGCCUCUUUCACCGGACCUGUUUGCGGGGCUCGGACCGAGCCUGCAAUCCUUGACUUUCCUGGUGCAUGCGAAGCAGAAGGGGGCGGGUGAGGGAGAGGAUGGAGGGGAAGGGGGGAAGGGGAGGAGUGGGGAGGAGGAGGGGGGCGGGUGGGUGGGGGAUGAGUGGGCGAGGGAGGACGAGGUGGUGGGGUGGCUGCCUGCGUCGCUGUGGUCGCUCACACGCCUGCAGCAUCUCACCACCAACGUGGGGGGCGCCUGGGACUGCACUGGCCUCAACCCCCUCUUCCCACCCCACGCCUCGUACUCCAUCCCCCCCUCCUCUUCCUGCUCCUGCCGCUGCUGCUGCUGCUGCUCCUCCUCCUCCUCCUCCUCCUACGACCCUGAACCUUCCUCACACCAGCAAGAGCGCCACCACCAUCAGUGCUUCUCCUCCCUCCCUAACCUCACCUCGCUCUCCCUCCUCUCGCACCGCACCUUCCCUCCCUGCCUCUCCUCCCUCUCCUCGCUCACUCUCCUCUCCAUCCCUCUCGCCUCCCCUCUCCUCUCCGCCGCUUCGCUCACUCUCUUCUCCCACUGGCCCCGCUUGUCCCAUCUGCACGUGAAUGGUGAGGGGCCGGCCGAACCAACCUUCUGCCGCACCAAACCUAGUUCCACCGAACCUAGUUCCACCGAACCUGCAACUGGUCUCACCGAACCUCCCUCUUACCCCGAAGCAACUCCUUCCUCCAGCUCCCUCCGCCACCUCACUCUCAUGGGGACAGCUGGCGUCAUCCCAUUGGCUGUGUGGGGGCGCCUGUGCCCGCAGCUGCUCUCGCUCAAGAUCCAGGGCUCGCCCCACGUGGCUGUGCGGGGGUGGGGGGAGCAACUGGCGGAGGGUUCUGGGAAGGGCGACGGGGGGCAUGGCGCACGUGGUGAGGGGGAGGGCGCAUGUGGUGAGGGGGAGGGCACAUGUGGUGAGGGGGAGGGCUCAUGUGGUGAGGGGGAGGGCGCAUGUGGUGAGUGGGAUGGCGCAUGUGGAGAGGGGGAGGGCGCAUGUGGUGAGGGGGAGGGCGCAUGGGGAGCAGCAGAGGAGGCAGCUGCGUGCUUCUUCCCUUCCCUCGAGGAGCUUGUGCUGCGCAACGUGACCACCCAUGCGCCCACCCGCACCUGCUCGCAGCACACAGGCAUAGACCAGACAGGCCCACAGCAGCAGCAGGGGCGCACUCUGGCAUUCAUGGGUCUGCUGCCCCGCCUCACCCACCUGGCAAUCGACCACACCCACUCGCUUUCACAACCCCCCCACCCCCCCACACGCCCCCACCAUCCUCCCGCCCCUCCUCCCCAACCUCACCUUCCUCCGCAUCCACUCCCCCCCACCCGCCCCCCUCCCCGUGCUGCCCCACCUGCGCACGCUGAUACUGGGGUCCUACCCUCACUCCUCCCGCUUCCUCUCCUCGCUCUCCCUCUUCGCCUCCCUCACGGCCCUCCGCAUCUUCAACCUCUCCAUGCACAACUACCACUCCGCCCUCUCCUGCCCUCCCUCACUCAAAUCCCUCCAAAUCUGCCUCUCCCACCUUCCUCUCCUCCCCGACUCCCUCCGCCUCUUCUCCUCCCUCACUCGCCUCGACCUAUUCCAGUGUUCCAAGCCCCUCGCCCUGCCCGCCUGCCUCUCCGCCUUCUCCUCCCUCGCCCACGUGUCCCUUGGUCGCGGGUACCACCCUGUGCAGCCCUGCCGCCUCCAAGAUCGCAGUUACCAGCAGAGGCGUUACCAGCAGAGGCGUUACCAGCAGAGGCAUUACCAGCAGAGGCGUUACCAGCAGAGGCGUUACCAGCAGAGGCGUUACCAGCAGAGGCGGUACCAGCAGAGGCGUUACCAGCAGAGGCGUUACCAGCAGAGGCGGUACCAGCGGAGGUGCUAGAAUGCGUGUUCCAGCGGAUUCAGCUGCAUGGGGACGAGGCGAGCGUGAGAGGAGUGUGCCACGCUGCAGCAGGAGAAGCGGCCAUGAGAUGGCAUCUCAGGCCAGCUCCUUUUCGUCAGAAGCUGCCACAAGCUCCCCUCUUUCAAUUCCCCCCCAUCUGGCUAGCCUCUCUCCCCUCCCCCUCCUCCCUCGCCCACACCCUAACGCUCUACCCCAACCUCUCUGCACUCCUCCUCCCAAUAGUCUCCACCGCACCUCACCCCCUCCAACCCUCCCAUGUGCGCUCCCUCCUCUCUGCUGCCGCCGCCCUCCCCGCCCUCACCUCCUUCUCCUUUCUCCUAGAGCCAGGCUUCAGAGGGGAAUACUACGACUGGGGGUACGGGCGGGAAGAGCUGUGGCAGAUGCCUGAGGACGAGAGGAAGAGGGAGAUGCGGCGAUGGUGGAGGGAGACGAACAGGGAAAUGGAGAGGGGGCUGCUUGCGGUGCUGAAGGGGUGCAGCGGACUCAGAGAGCUACGCAUUCAGGGGGAGGACGUAGCCCACCGCCUCAAACUCCCUCCCUCUCUCUUCCUCCGCUGCACGCGUCUCACCACACUCUCCCUCCCUCUCUACCGCUUCCCCUCCUCCCUCCUCCUCCUCUCUCGCCUCACCUCCCUCUCCCUCGCCCUCCCUGUGGGCCACAUGCCUCCCCAGUUCGCCCACUCCUCUCCCUUCGCCCGCCUCUCCUCCCUCCGCUCCCUCUCACUGCACGUCUGUAUGCAUCCGCAUGACAGCACGGGCAUAUCUGAGGAAGACGACAGCUGGAGUGGGCUGUCAGAGGAGCUGCUGCUGGGCCUGCCGCCGUGCCUCUCCUCCCUCUCCCUGCUCCUCCCUACCGACACCAUGCCCGCCUCCUUCUCCACGCUCACUGCCCUCACGCUCCUUGCCUCCAACCUCUGGAUUCCGGGGCUGGAUGGGGAGGAGGACGAGGGAGACGGAGGGGUGGGAGAGGAGGAGUGGGAGGGGGAGAGAUGGGAGGAUGAGGCAGAUGAGGAGAGUGGAAUGGGCGAGGGAGAUGAGGAUGGUUGGUGUGAUGAUCAUGACGAUGCUGAUCCCUGCCCCAAUGAACUCCACAACUCACCCGGUGCUUCAAGCAUUCACCACAACACACUGCGGCCUCUCCGCAACCUUACUUCCCUCACUCUCUUAUGCUGCCGCUCUUUCCCCCCGCUUGUUCGCCAUCUCACUCGCCUCACCUCCCUCUCCCUCGGAGCCUUAUAUGACUAUGGGAUUGACUCCACCACCCGAUCCUGCUCACUGCACCACGGUCUCUCUUACCUCACUCGUUUGCGCGAGCUCUCCCUCUACUUCGAUAGCUACUCCCAAGAGCGCCUUCCCCGCUUGCCUCGCCUCCGCCGUUUCCACGUGCAAACCUGCAACAUUGAGAUGACCCGCCUGAUGGCUGCUGUGGCGCACUCUUUGGAGCAGCUGCAUGUAUCUGGCGCCAGUCUGCGCAGGACAGGAAGCAACACCGCGUUGAGAUUCCGGAAGCUCAAGGUGCUUUAUCUGGAGCACUUAAAGCCCGAUUCUCGGGUGGACAUGGCACUCUUCCCUGUCCUAGAACACAUGGUACUGACAGACAAGUACAAUGUGAUCUGGGAGAUGGAGAGCGGUUUCUCGUCUAACCUCCGCUUCCUGCAAUUGGGCGCUGCUGUUUGUCUGCCUAAAGACCUCGGUGACCGAGAGCAUGAGCUGAUGCAGCUUACGGCACUCACCACUCUCAUUGUGGACGAAGCUGAUUACCGGGAUUUCCUUGCUGCCCUCUCCUGCUUCUCCUCCCUGCGCACCCUCCGCCUCUCCAACAUCACCCGAGGCUGCUCUGAGCCCUACUUCUCCUGCCCGCCUCUCCUCUCCACACUUCAGAUCUGCUUCUCCGACCUGCCCCGCCUCUCCCCCUCACUCGCUCACUUCUCCCGCCUCACUCGCCUGGACCUGCUGCACUGGCGCCGCCUGCACUCUCUCCCGCCCUUCCUCUCCUCCUUCUCGUCGCUGCGCCACUUGAAAGUCACGAGCGGUGGGUCCAAGCCCACCCACCCUGCUUGCCUCAAAGGCUUUCUUCGAGGCAGGGACUGGUACAAGCAUUCGCCAUGUGACGGAAUGGACUGGCACCGGUACGAGCAUUUACUAAGUUGA